GAAAAUGUGAGACGUGUUUCAAAUGGAGCGGACAAGAUCUCAUUUGUUACGGAUCACCUGCCUCUACAGCCUGAUAAUGAAGUCAACCCUUUGACUGCGGGUGGAGCAGAACAAAUAGUCAUUCAAAACUCAUGCGUUCUUGCCCAAAACAUAGAUCAUCUGUUAGCGGAUUCUUCAGCACUAACGUUUUUCAUCCAGUUCUUAGAAUGCUACGAUAAAUUGAGACCUUGUCAGGGUUCUGGAUACACGUCGAGGGCUUCAAGGCAUCCUUGGGAGAGGAGAGGGCAGAGUGUGCACAAGAUGCUGAAAACUCUCUUGCUCUUCUCGACGCUCGCAAUAUAUUCAGCCGAUAUAUCGAUACGGAUUCUGCAUGCAGCAUAUCUCUUCCUAAGAAGAUUUCUGAACGGGUAUUUGCUAGGCUAUCAGAGCGGCCGAUUUCUUCAGACAUUUUUGAUGAAGCGAAAAGCUUUGUGCACAGCUUGUUUGACUUACGGUUGGUUGUAUUUCAAAGAUUUCGAAAACAGUUUGUUUUAUAAGAAGUACCAGUUACAAGUUUUUUCUCGUCGGUGCAGUCUUGACGACAUUCUCUACAUUCCAGCUCUGCUAAACGCAUUUUUAGAGUUUGUCGAUGAUCGGCAUGAUCAUGACUGCCUCCAAUUUCUCAUAGCAUGCAAUGCUUUUGAAGAAAAUUACGACAGUCUCUCCGACGAGGAGGCCCUCGAGGAUGCAAUGUCCAUUUAUGACAAAUAUUUUUCUAUGCAAGCGCUUAGCCCGAUUCAAAUUGGAGAUACUGCCCGGAGAAGAAUGGAAUCUGAGAUAUGUUCCGACAGUGGACGUCCACUGCUUUCCUCGUUUAUUACCGCAAAACAAUACUGCUUUCUGCGGAUUCACGAUAGAUACCUUGAGAACUUUGUCAAGUCUACGGCGUAUCACAACUUCUUAUCAGAGUUGGAAGCAGAAGUCCGGAAUAUGAUCGAAUUACCUCGACCUAAUCGCGAAAUGAAAUGUGGAUCCUCGUCUUCGGAUUCACAGGCGGUACUUCUUGAUCAUCACUUUGAUAUUCCUGAGUUCAAGAGGGUGUCGUCGGGAUCGUCUCAACAUUCGCCCCUCCUUAUUAGACGUAACAGGAGCCUGAAUCUUGCCGAAGUUGAUUGUAUGGGUCAGUAUCGCGUUUUGUAUGAUGAUUCGCUUGCACAGGAUACCACAACACCAUCCAAGAUUCGACAAAAAUUGCGUAAGUAUCUGGAUAAGUCCACUCUUAAAGAGGAAGAAGUGGCUCUUGAAGUUGCUCGAACAAUUAUCGCGGAUGUGCACAGUAUGGUAGAGGCAGGCAAACGAUGA